ACCUCAUUCGUGUUUAAUCCGUCAUCAAGUUGUGUUUAGUGUGUAUCGUUUCCGUAUCAAAGUUAGCCGAUAGACGUGCCUUGUUGAUUUUUUUUUCCUUCCUCACUGACUUAUACGGUGUAUUUCAAACUGCUGCUGCUAUUGCUGCAGAAAAAAAAAGACACACACGAAAAUCGAAGAAGUAAAUACGACAAGCAGAAAGAAAAAAACAAAUCGUAUUCAUUCAGUUUGGCAAAGUGUGAAAAAGGAGGAUCGUACUUAGCGUAAAACCGACAAUCAGUUUUAUCGUACGCCACCAAACAAACAAGAGAAAAAAAAAUCAUUCAAUUGCAAUCGGAAUAAAAGUUCUGUGUUCAUUUUGUGGUCAAUCGAAUCAAUUACAGUAAAAAAAGAGCUGUGUUUGUGCAUGUGUUGGUGAUUAAUAUAGCAAUAAUAAAGCGAAUAACAAUAGAUUUUAAAGUGCCGCAAAAUUUAACAAAUAAGUUGAAAUUCUCGUGUAAAAAGCGAGUAGCUACAGCCAAGCUAAUAAAACUCAACAAACACAAAAAAAGAGAAGAAGACACAAACAAACGCAUCGAUUUAAAUCCCAAGCAAAUACAAAGAAGAGUAGUUUGUGCAAAUUCGUUUGAUAUAGAUUAAUUAACACACGAAACGGAUACCAUAUACCAGCAUAAACGUUUAAUCGGACCCAAAGGAGUACCAACGCAUAAACAUCGAGAUGAAUAAAAGUUGCGCACGGUGUACGAAGAUUGUUUACCCGAUCGAAGAGUUAAAGUGUUUGGACAAGACAUGGCACAAAACAUGCUUCAAAUGUCACGAGUGUGGCAUGACGCUGAACAUGAAAACAUACAAAGGGUUCAACAAACUACCAUAUUGUGAAGCCCAUAUACCAAAAGCGAAGGCGACCGCUAUUGCUGAUACACCCGAAUUGAAACGAAUAGCAGAAAAUACAAAACAUCAAUCGAAUGUGAUGUACCAUGCGGACUUUGAAAAGCAAAAGGGAAAACUGACACAGGUGGCAGACGACCCAGAAACACUGCGUAUGAAACAGAAUUCGAAAAUCAUAUCGAAUGUGGCAUACCAUGGUGAUUUGGAAAAGAAAGCCGCUAUGGAAAAGCAGCGAGAGGUGGCUGAAAUCGCCGAUAAUAGAGACAAUGAAUCUGAAUAUUUCUCAGAGACAUUAGCUGCUGAAUCUUUAUCGCAAUAUCAGCCACAACCAAAGCAUACACAGAAUCCCAUUGUGCCGGUUCAGCAAUACAUGAGCGCACCGCAAAAUAGUCAACAACAUAAACCACUUCAAACAUCGACCACAACAUCAUACACUCAGCAAAUGAAUCAUGGUUUGUCACAGCAACAACAACAGCAACCAGCCGGCAUGGCCAAGUCGAUGAUGGCUAAUCACAAACCGUCUCAACAGCAGCAGCAGCAGCAGCAGCAACAACAACAACAGCAACAACAACAGCAUCUACAGCAACAGCAUCAACAACAACUGCAGCAGCAGUUGCAACAACAAUACUAUGAUCAAUACGAGAAUUAUUCACGACCAUUCGCACAAUCAAAUCACACUUAUAAUAACAAUACCAUGAAUAAUAUAAAUAAUAACCAUGCGAAUGCUCAAAUGGCUUACAAUAAUGCUCAUCAUACAGGUGGUAGCCAAGGAUAUGGUGGAGGCGGCGGCGGUGGUGGCACCAACAACAUUUCCGGAAACAAUGGCGGUGUCAUUCAUGGUAAUGCCACCGUUCCAUACGGUGUAAACAAUCAUGUUUAUAAUCGAGACUACAGCGCGAUCAAUUCGAAUUCGAAUGCAAUGCAAGGAAGCAUUGGUAAAAUAUCCGACUAUGAUCCGAUUACCGAUGGUCCACGUAAUAUUCCAAAUACAACUCGUCCCAGUUCAACACUUAUUUACAGCUCUGAUCGUGGAAUGGUUAACAAUAGUCAACCGCGGAAAAUUGGAUCAGUUGCGGAUAUCGAUCCGGUAAACGGUGUAUAUGGGUCGAUGGAAUACAAUAGUUACGCGCAUCAAUCACAUUCUCAGCCAGCCCAACAAGCAGCACACCAUCAUCAAUUACAUUAUGCCCAGCAGCAAUCCCAGUCAGCUAUUCAACAGAAACCAAUUCAAAAGUCAAUCUCGUCACAAGUGUGUGUAUUCCGAGCUCUAUACGAUUAUGAAGCCCAAGACACCGAUGAAGUUAGUUUUACCGAAGGCGAUCUGAUUUUCGAAGUCGAUUCAAUUGACGCUGGCUGGAUGACAGGUCGUGUUGAGCGCACAGGCCAAACCGGAAUGUUACCAGCUAAUUAUGUUGAACCAGCAAUUAUCUAAAUCAAUUUUAAGAAAAGAAAGAUAGAAUUAUCGAACGAAUACAUACACAACAUUUUUGUACGUUAAUUAGCCACAUUUAUUGCUAUUAGGAUGGAGGCAACAGAAUCGAAACCAAUAGUCGACACACUAAAAACAAAUAAACCUAGCAUGCAUAUUCAAUUCUUUCACAGAGAAAUCACAUUUAAUUUUUAUGUGAAAAAAAUCUACACACCGUUUUGUUUUCUUUUUUUAGUUUUCGGUUAACAGUGCAGCUCACAUCUGCUGAUGUGAUCAAAUAUAGUAGAAUGUUAUUCUUUGAAUAAGUAAAUAAUUGCGAAACCAUGCGAUUGAUAUGAAUCAUCGCAAAAAAAGUAAACAAUCACAUUCAAUGCACAGAUAAAUUCUGUAAACGAUACAGGAUCCAAAUAUUGCCGUCUACCGUUAAAUAAAUUCACAAUAACGCAAACUCAUAAUAGCCGUUUCCGUUUAAACGAUAAUCAUACUGUAAUCUGUUUAUUGGCCAUAAGCAAGUGAUAGCCAAAAUGUAUUUGUAACAAUUUUUGAAGAAAUUACCUUAUCUCAUCAA